UAGCCAAAAUAUUUCAUCAACAUGCCGAAAAAACUUUAUACGUUUUGUUGCCGACUGUGUUUACACGAUGGCUCUGUUAACCAACUGUUGGACAUCUAUUCGAUAAAAGCAUUAGAAGAAAAACUGCUGAAGGUGUUCAAUAUACAGGUUACCAAUCGAGACAGCUGCACCACCAAUAUUUGUUUGCCGUGCCUUCAAGAGACACUGACGCUCGAACAACAAAUGAUGCAGUACCUAAAACAUAAACAGAACAUUCUUAACAACCAGCAGCGCUUCCAAAAGAAUGAUGCAGCAGCACCAAGUACAUCGCUGUCAGCUCCGUUAAGUAAGGCACAAACGGUUGAAUGUAUUCAAUCAACACCAUCAGAUAUUCAGCCUGUUAGUGAUUCAAAAAUCUCAGUGACGAAGUCAUCGUAUGGAUCGCGUAAAUCCCACAAUAACAAAACAGAAUCUUCUCCAUCAGUUCACCAAACUACAUUGAACAAUGGCGUAACCGAUGGUGGUAUGCAAAUUGAACUGUCUUUAAACGCAAACUCAGAGACAGAUAAAACAAAGAAGAAUAAAAAUAGGUCCGUAAAGAUUAAAGAUAAAGAUACUGCCUCACAGUUGUCUUCGAAAGAGAUAUCUAGUAAACAGAAGUCCCGUGGGUCGCAAAAAUACCAUAGCCAGAUAAAUCCAAAAUCGGGGCCAGCAAUUAAACACGAUCAUCGCGCUGCAACAAAGCCCACGGCUGGCGGUUUAGAAAAACAAUCUUCCUCGAAAAACAAUCCGCCUGAUUCUACUAAAAGACAAAAUGCUACUAAUCAGACGCAGCCCACAAAAAAGGCAAAGGAUAAAGUUAAAAUACAUAUUGGGACCAAGAAAACCUCUAAAAAUGCCGCACAGCAGCUCGGUUCAGAAAACAACGCGAAACGAACCAACAUUAGUGCCCUGCAUAAAAAUCCGGAUAGCAUUAUUCCUAAUCAGUCUGCUGCUAACGUUACAGUUUCACAGGUGCUUGAUACUGUAUCAACUGUUGAACAAAAUAUUCCCGCAUAUUUGAUAGAACGAACAGCGCCACCCGAAUCGAAUCAACAAUCACAGUCCUUGCAAAUGAAAGCGGUGGAAAACUCAUUGGUGCCAUUGGAGUUUACCGGAACACUAGGUAGACAGAGAGCGUUUUCGCAGGGGGUCAAUAAUACGCUACCUAAUGUGUCAUUGCAAGGUGGGCUAUGCACUUCGAUACCUAUGGCAAACAUAUCCCCCGCAACACUUCCUACUGAAUCUCGCAUUCUUAACACCGCAUCGACGGUGAAUCAAGCAGAACCUAGCAGCAACACUUCGACGGCACAAGGACAGCAGUUAGCUACGCUUUUGACAAACUUUUCUGCCACAACACGUCCCAAUGAAUCUCAAUAUGUUGGCGGCGCAUCGAUGGUAAAUCUACCAGCAACAAGCACCAACGCUCCGACGACAGCAGGGCAGCAACUAGCAUCGAUAACUGACACACAAACUGCUUCUUGCGCUCUGGCCGCAGUCAGCCAACUAGACGAAAGCAGAAACAGCAUGAACAAUGCAACUUCUCCCGGUGCCAUAAAAAAACGUCGUCACAGCACCUUUAUUCGAGUAUCGUCGAACUUAUUUGAUGAACCUGCGGAAAAAGCACAAUUUGCAAUGCUUAAUAAUAAUCAAUUCAUCCGCGCCAUUGAACCGCUACAGGACAUCCCAGCUUUGGUCCCAUAUCCACGUUUGCCAGUACUUCCACAAGGUCAUAGAGUGCAGACAGUUCCUAACCCCACGAUGCCGUUCAAUAACUCUAACUGUAAUACCAUGAGUCGAUAUCCGCCGCCUGACAAUUUUGGAACAAUCCAACAGUCAUCCGUUCCAACUUCGCAAAAUAAUAAUGGAACCCAAUCGAUCGCAAACAGUUCCCACUGUGGAAGCAAUUAUGGUACCAACCUCGUAUCAAGAACAGUCAACACAUCAACUAUCGGUCAAAGACCUUUUACAAUUGCCAUGUCUACUCAACAAAGCAGCUUAGCACCAAACAGCAGCAUUCGUAGUAAUCAUACAGAAUACAUGCGUGAUAUUCUGCUACGUGGUAACAGCACGGUACAGUCUACAAACAUUGCGACAGGGCCUGCAAAUAGUGCUCCGGAUCAGCAAAUUCGUGUCUGCUACAAAUGCAACCUUUGUAGCUCAUAUUAUCUGUUGGAAACGAGUUUGGUUUUGCAUUUACGUCGAAUCCACCAGCUGGAAAAAAGUGUGCAAACAUGUUCGAUAAUUCACGAUCCCGUUAUUUGCAACACAUUAAUAUCCCGGAUCCGGCGCAAAUCCGUAGCUGAUCCGCUACUACUGAGUAAUAAUCGUACGUAAAUGAAAUGAGUCAGGUCACAUCUGACAUGAUCUCUGCUGAAAAAAAUCGUUCAUUGUUGUUCUAUGGUCAAAUGAAUCAAUUGCACAUAAUAUAAUACUGAGCUGUAUUAUAAAAACCAUUCACCGAAUCAUCUUGAAGGCACAGGUUGCGGGGAGAAAUGGUGCAGUUAAACACAUCCUCAAAUGUAAAUCUGCUUCAUCUAUAAUUUUGAUUUGGCUUUUUUUUUCUAUACUAUUAAUAUAAAUCAAGUCUUACAAAUGCAGAAAAUAAAAAUUUACGCCAUGUGAUGGAACUGCAAAAGUAAGAAUUGUGAAACGGUAGAUUAACGGUCGUACGAGAGGCCAAUACACAUAUGUGUUGAGCACUAAUUUGAAACGCAUAUCAUAAGGAUUUGGUUUUGGAAAUAUAACGAAUUUACGCAUUAAACGAUUAUUCCUGUAGCUCGCAUUCUCUAAAAAUGAAAUGGGUAAAGCAAACCAACGCCGCUCUUGGUGCAGCAUUUGGAUACAGUGCAAAAUUGCUUUCAUUAUUGUACGAAGCAUUACAUUAAUUAUGCAAUGUAAGGCACACAUACUUAUAAAAUCAUAAAUGGUUAAAGGACGUAAUUAAUGCUCCAAAAGUGCCUUUAAGACUAAGCUGCAUUGCGCGGUGGACCGUAAAAUGAAGAACGGCGCGUUAUGUUGUUGAUGACUUUGAACUAUGAUGUUGUGCGGCUAGUAGUAUGGAUGUGAUUGUAGGUUUCUGGGGUACUAGUUUACCGUUACGCGUACGUUGGUUCUGGGCAGUUAUUAGUGUUACUAAAAAAACCUUGUUCCGGAAAGUAUCACUCCGCGAAACAUGCAACCAUAAGAUAUAAAAUAAA